CCAUUUGCAAACAGCAGUUUGAGGUUGCAGGAAACUUCUGAUCACAGUUAGUUUUUUUUUUUUUUCGCGCAUUUUAAUAAUAUUUAAUUAAGAUUUUUAUAAUAAUAGGUUAAUAAAAACCUGAUCAACCUAAAAAGCUACGUUUAGUGAAGUCCAAACACUGGGCUGGGUCGACAGUUCCGCUUCCCCUCCGCCAUAGCAGACAGAUCCCGGGAACAAGAAGAAGUUAACGCCAAAAAACAAAAAGAAGAAAUGAAGUCAUGAGGGUUGAUCUCUGAAACCCUAUUACCCCUCUGAGUGUGUUUCCCUGUCAUGUCUGAGAACGGAGAGCUGGAGGACAAACCCCCUGCCCCCCCAGUCAGAAUGAGCAGCAACUUUAGCAUCGGCAUCAAGGACAGUAUGUCAACAAACCCCAGUUCUAAACCCCUGCCCUCCGUCCCAGAGGAGAAGAGGGACAAGCCGCGCAACAAGAUCAUAUCCAUAUUCUCAGCAGAGAAAGGAAGAAAAAAAGACAAGGAUAAGGAGCGUCCAGAGAUUUCAAGCCCUUCAGACUUUGAGCACACCAUACAUGUGGGCUUCGAUUCUGUCACGGGGGAGUUCACUGGCAUGCCAGAGCAGUGGGCUCGGCUGCUGCAGACCUCCAACAUCACGAAAUCUGAGCAGAAGAAAAACCCUCAGGCUGUCCUGGAUGUGCUCAAAUUCUACGAUUCCACCGGCAACAGCAGGCAGAAAUACCUCAGCUUUACAGAUAAAGAUGCACCACCAGCAAAAAAAGGCUCUGAGCAAUCACCAGUCAAGGAUGAUGAUGAUGACGAUGAUGAAGCCCCACCUCCUGUUGUAGCACCACGUCCUCAACAUACCAUAUCUGUAUACACUCGCUCUGUCAUCGAUCCCAUUCCGGCACCUGCUGCCAUUUCAGAGACAGAUGGAUGUAAAGCUGGAGAUAAACAGAAGGGCAAGGCCAAGGGCAAGAUGACAGAUGAGGAGAUUAUGGAAAAACUUAGAACUAUUGUCAGUAUUGGAGACCCCAAGAAAAAAUACACAAGAUAUGAAAAAAUUGGACAAGGUGCGUCUGGUACGGUGUACACAGCCAUUGACGUUGCUACUGGCCAAGAGGUUGCCAUCAAGCAGAUUAACCUACAGAAGCAGCCCAAGAAGGAGCUUAUCAUCAAUGAGAUCCUGGUGAUGAAGGAGAUGAAGAACCCAAACAUUGUCAACUUCUUAGACAGCUUCUUGGUAGGAGAUGAGCUCUUUGUGGUAAUGGAGUACCUUGCUGGAGGCUCUCUGACGGAUGUGGUUACAGAAACCUGCAUGGAUGAAGCACAAAUCGCUGCUGUCUGCAGAGAGUGUUUACAAGCUCUAGAAUUCCUGCAUUCAAACCAGGUCAUUCAUCGAGACAUCAAAAGUGACAAUGUUCUAUUAGGAAUGGAUGGAUCUGUCAAACUAACUGAUUUUGGGUUCUGUGCUCAAAUCACGCCUGAGCAAAGUAAGAGAAGCACCAUGGUAGGAACACCCUACUGGAUGGCCCCUGAGGUGGUCACACGGAAAGCAUAUGGGCCCAAAGUGGACAUUUGGUCCUUGGGUAUCAUGGCCAUUGAGAUGGUAGAAGGCGAACCUCCUUAUCUCAAUGAAAACCCUCUGAGGGCGCUGUACCUCAUCGCUACUAAUGGCACCCCAGAGCUGCAGAACCCGGAGAAACUGUCACCCAUUUUUAGAGACUUCCUAAACCGCUGCCUCGAGAUGGAU